CUACGCAUGCGCAGACCAUGAGCUGCUGAUUCACCUAAGGCGGUAGUUUCAAAACAGCGAGUUGUGACAAUGUCAUCAUAUAACUUCCCAAUCCUAACUCAUGAGGACUGCAUUGCCUUCUUCAAAGAAAUUUCAAAUGCUCCACUAUCAGAAGAAGAUUUUAAAAAGCCUGAGCCUCGGAAAUGGUAUGGCUUUUUUGGAAUCCUUUUUGAACACCUGACAGGAAGGCAGGCAGAUACUGUAACCCAGUCACGGUUUCAUACCUUGUCAUACUGCAUAGAACAUGGUGAGCUUCAUGAAGAAUCCAUGGCAUUGAUGACUUUCACACUGGCUUUACAAAGGGUCUUCUGUGCAGCUGGAGUCACAGACUUCAGUGUCCGAGAUCUGAUAGAUCCAAAGCCUACAAGACUGGUGAGAAUAAUGAGUGGAGCAAUUAACUUCAUUCGCUUUCGAGAUGUGCGUACUGAAGUGUUUGACAAGAAGAAAGAAGAGCUGGAAAGACGGCGAUAUAUUUAUGACCAUGUACUGAAGGAAAAUGCAGAAUUAAAAAAAACACUUGCAGCAAAAAGAGAAGAUCAUGGUGUUCAAAUGGUGACCAUGAAACAGCUCCAAGAACAAAAUGAUGUUAUCAGCACGCGCCUCCAGGAAUUGCACAAGCAGCGUGAAGUAAUACAAAAAGGUCUGGCUGAGGCAAAGAAAGAGUUAUCAGAACGCAAUGCUGCUAACGACCAGUUAAGGGUGAACAUUCUUACAGCUCAGGCAGAAGGUGAUAAGUUGUCACAGCGCAUUGUUCAGUCACCUGAACGAGUCAAGGUUGAACAAGAGCAAGCCAAAAACCGAAUCCUUGCACUUAGAUGCGAGGUAGCUGAAAACCAGACCCGGCUCUUAGAGCUUCAGCGAAGAGAGAAAGAUACGACUGAUAAGCAGCAGAAUGCUGAGAAGGCUGUUAGACUGCUGCGAGAUAUCACAAAUGACAAGCUAUUAGAAGUAGAAAAGGAGAUAGCAUGCUUGCGGGACAGUCGUCAUGACAUGCACACAAAACAACAGAGUCUUAUGUCAAAGCAAGAGAAUCAGAAACAGGUGCUCACAUCUCGUCAGGACAAGCUCUCUAAACAGGACUUAAAGUACCACAACAAGAAGGCUAAUCUACAGGAACAGAUAGCACAGCUGUCACACUUGAAGGAAAAGCUACAAGCAAGUUCCUGUGAAUCAGAGAAGAUGAGGGUGAUUCAGGAAAAGGAAAGACUUCAAGAAGAAGUAAAGCGCCUUACAAUGAAGCUGGAAAAGAGCAUUGAAAAUGCCAAUGGAUUAUAUUUUGAGAUCAUUCAACAGGUGGACAAGAUGAAUGUUGAUGUUGCCAAUGGGAUCAGCGAAUUCAGACAGUUGAUGACAGAGUGAAGGGGACCAUGGAUGUUGUCAUGUGCAGAAACUAAUGCAAACUGGCAAUUGCUAAGUGCAAUGCACCGUGAGAUAGCCUCAGCUGCUGACAUGGCACACAACUCCAACUAAGUACAAUGUAUGUCAUGCUAGUUCACCAUGUUCAUACAGUUUUUCCAGGAGCAAAAAUACUUUUCUUGUCUACUUUUGUCUGCAACAGAUAGAAAUAUCAUGGGCACUCUCAUAAUUAACACAAUGUUAAACCUUACAUGCAUACGCUCUUGUUCUUGUUAUUUGGUUCCUCUUUGUGUUUUCUGCAUUUGUGUAUUUGAUUUUAUUCUUCGUUUAGAACAGUUGUUUAUUCUUUUAUAGUUAACAUGUUAUUUGUUUUCCUGUCCCUCGUAUGCUGUCCAUGUUUCGUUCUUGUUCACACACGUGCACCUGACUAUCAUGCGAGAUAUACAUAAACUCGGUACAUUUGUUAGUCCUGUUCAAGAGUGCUAUCACAGCUGGCAAGGACAGCAAAAGCACUCUGGUUUUUCUCUACAGUUAGAGGGUAACAUUUGGAACAUUCUGACAGCAACUUAAUCAAGGAUAGGGCACAACUGGAAAUAUCUGACAGCCACGACAGAUGAGUUUUUCGAUCUAUUUUACAAUUUGUAUGCAUAAAUCCUGCAGAACACCUAAGGUCUAUCUUUCUACUUAAGCAACCUUUAUUAGGUAGUAAGAGUAAAAUAGAUGUAUAUG